GCCGUGAUCUCCUUGUUCCAAAGCUUACCAGCUCUGGUCGAAGCUCGUCUUCAUGGCUUCACCAAGCUCACCAAGCGGUCCUUUGAUGCCGCCUUGAUGUAUUGUUCCAAUCUCCGCGUCUUGGCCAUCACCGGAGGAACAGGGUCUCUUGGUUCAGACACUCUCCGUUCUCUCAUCCCAUUUGAUGGGCCUCUUCGCGACGUCUCGCUCACUGGUCGCAACCUCCGAUUCAUCGAUCUCUCGUUCCAAAAUAUCGAUGACAUGUUGGCAAGAGAUGUUACCGCUCUCCCCG